UAACAGUGAAUGAUGAAGUUAUAAAGGUUUUUAAUGACAUGAAAGUAAGGAAAUCUUCAACCCCAGAUGAGAUUAAAAAAAGAAAGAAAGCAGUUCUUUUCUGCUUAAGUGAUGACAAAAAACAGAUAAUUGUAGAGGAAACAAAGCAGAUAUUAGUUGGUGAUAUUGGUGAUACUGUGGAAGACCCCUACACAUCCUUUGUGAAGUUGUUACCUUUGAAUGAUUGCCGAUAUGCUUUGUAUGAUGCCACGUACGAGACAAAGGAGUCUAAGAAAGAAGACCUGGUAUUUAUAUUCUGGGCUCCAGAAAGUGCACCUUUAAAAAGCAAGAUGAUCUACGCAAGCUCUAAAGAUGCCAUUAAAAAGAAAUUUACAGGUAUUAAACAUGAGUGGCAAGUAAAUGGUUUGGAUGAUAUUAAGGACCGUUCAACACUUGGAGAGAAAUUGGGAGGCAAUGUGGUAGUUUCACUUGAAGGAAAACCCUUAUAG